CACACGUUGGGAGUUUAAAUUAAUUUCUGUUUGAUUUUGAUUGUGACUUUUGUCGAUUUAUUAUUUUAAUUGUUCCUUUUCUUUUCUUCUCUUGUGAUAUCUGAUUUAUUGAACUGUUAACAUGGAAGAUGUUGACUUUCCUCGUGGUAAAUAUCCAACAUUUAAAGAUUCUUUGGCAAAAAAGGUUUCAAAAAGAGCAGCCGAAGAUGAAUUAUUUUCUACCAGAAUAUUAUCUAAAGAUGGCGAUGAUGAUGGUGAUUUAAUUAAAUCAAGUAAAAAGAAAAAAGGAUCAAAGAGUAAAAAGUCAACCUCAGAUGAGAUUGAAACUACACCAGGAUUACCCACAUUUACCGAGAAGAUAAUAAUCUAUCGAUUAAAAGUUACCAAUGUUGCCAUUGGUAGUAUAAUUUUAGGUUGUGUUACCGAGAUUAAAGAUUUUGAAAUGAGUAUCCAAUUGCCUGGAGCUGUUAUGGUUAAAGUUACACUUUCCAAUAUAUCGGAACCUUAUAAUAAAUCAUUGGCUGCUUAUGCAACUGAUCCAGUUAAAAAUCCACCUCCACCCAAGCCUAAAUCAAUGUUUUCUACAGGUGAUUUACUUCCAGUUAAAAUAUUGGAUAAAAUUUCAGAAAAUUUACAAUUUGAUAAUCAUUCAAUGUCUUUAACCGAUAUAACCGCUUCAAUUAAUCCAAAUCAUAUUUACAGUGAUGUAAAUACAAACUUAUUUAUUAAGAAUUGCCUCCAUUCAAGUAUAUCAGCUGCAGUAGUUGAAAUUGAAGAUAAUGGUUAUCUCAUGGAUAUUGGCAAGGAAAAUAUUCACGGUUUCUUGGGUUUCGAUGAGGCCAAACCUUUCCUUGAAUCGCAUUCGAUUGAGAAACUUCAGAUUGGCCAAGUAUUAAUGUGCAAUAUAAUUUCAGCUUCACCAAGAGUAGUCAAAUUAACUACACAAAACAUUAAUUCUAGACCAAAAAUAGACGAUGAAUCAAUUUUCCCCGCUUCAUGUUUACUUCCCGGUUUACAAGUGACUUGUAAAAUAUUGGGAAUCAGUGAUAAAGGAUUAGAAGUGGUCAUUUAUGGUCAACAUCGUGGAUUUGUCCAUCGAGAUCAUUUAAAAACAAUUUGGGAUUUACCUCGUGAUGAUUACACAAUUGGAAGUGAAAUAAAUGGGAUAAUCCUUUUCGUUAAUCCAAUAAACAAAGUUUCAUCAAUUAGUUUACGUUCACCAAGUAUCAUGAAUUCAUUGAAAAAAACAUGGUCUUCAAUGAAGAUUGGUCAGCUGAUUGAAGAAGCUCAAAUUGUUGGUAGAGAUGGAGCUGAUGCUUUUAUCUUUAAAUUUCCCAAUGGUUUUAAAGGAAUCGCUCCAAAAGGUGAACUAUCAGAUGAUUAUGUUGACUCGGAAGAGUUUUCCAUUAUGGAAGGUCAACUGCCGAUUGGUUCAACUCACAAAUGUCGAAUCAAAUCAUUCUCAUACCUUGAUGGCUAUGCAAAGGUUACCCUUAAACCUUCACUAUUAAGUGAAGAGCUUCUUUCCGUGGAUAAUUUAUCAAUUGGUCAAGUAAUCGAAGGUCGAGUUAAAAAGUUAAACGCCAAAGGAUUAAUUUUAAACAUUGGUUUCGCUCUUAAAGCAAUUUGUCCACCAUUUCACUAUAAAGACUCCGCUAAACCUAAAGAUUAUCAAGCUGGAAGUAAAAUUACAUGUCGAAUAAUUCGCCUUGAUACUUCAUCGUUAGUACCAAAGAUCGCUGUUACCUGUCGAAAAGAAUUGAUCAGAGAGACUAAUAUUAUCGAUGAUAUUGAUAAAGCCCAAAUUGGUACAUUUACCCGAGGAGUUGUUUCUCUCAUAAAGCCAAACGGUUUAUUAGUUGAAUUUUUUAAUCAUCUUCGUGGUUGGUUAUCUGCUACUCGAUUAGCCCAAGAAGGUCAACAAUAUAUACCCUCAAACUAUUUUGUAGGUCAAAUAUUACCCGUUUACGUUAAAAGUCGCGAUUUAACCACCAAACAAAUUCACGUCAGUUUAACCUACAAUGAGGAUGAAGAUGACAAUCAAUCCGAUUCAAUAGCUUUAGGAACAAUUUUAACCAAUUUAACUGUUAAAGAAAAAGACGACAAUGGAUUUGUAUUGGUUAACAGUGAGGAUGAAAAAUUUUACCUACCCAAAGAUCAAUUAACCGAUUUUCCUGCUCUCAUUGAUAAAAUUUACCAAGUUAUCGACGAGACUGAUACAAUUGACGAAGUUGUCGUUUUCAACAAUACUCCAUCAACGCCCGUUGUUAGCCGUCGAUGGAUUUUCAUUCAUGCCGCUAAAAUAGACAAUCCAGUUUUUAAACCUGAUUCACUUAUACCUGAUUUAAUUGUUCCAGCGGUUAUUGUUAACUUUAAAUGUUAUGGUAUUAUGGUUGAAUGUCCUGGUGGACUGAUUGGUUUGGUACCAAAUACUCAAAUAAGCGAUCCACCGGUAGAUCCUUUUGAGUUUAAAAUCCCUAAAGGUCAAACAAUUUUGGUUCACAUUAAUGAAGUUAAAAAUGAGGAAGAUAAACCAAGACGAUUAAAUUGUUCAACUCUAAUUGCUAAAUGUAAAUCAACCGAUUUUACACCAGAUACAGUGUUAACAAGUUACUUAUCUGAUUAUUAUUUGGUUUCAUCUAAAUUAAAUGUAAUUGAAAACACUUCUGAAACCCGAACCCUGUCAAUGGUUAAACCUGGAGAUGUAUUAUCAUAUAAAGUGGUUGAGGCCGUUGAGAAGCAAAUUUUGGUCGCUUGUUCCGUUCCAGAUCGUAAGAAACCCGUUGCUGGAAUUAUUAUCUCAUCUAAUAUUGGUGGUAAAGAAUUGGGUAAAAUUGGUUACACUGGUGAAGCUGCUGUUCUUUACAUUGAUAUUGAGAAAAAAUUGAUCCAUUUAACUGCUAAUCAAGAUAUUGUUAAAAGUGCUAAAUCAGCGAUCAAAGCCAAUUCUUAUGAAAAAAUGUUACCUGGACAAAAUUUAAUUGGUCUUCUUCAAUUAACUACCGAUAAAUAUUAUAUCAUCUCAUUGAAAGGACAUGCAAUUGGUGCUCUUGCUUAUAUACCUCGAUAUUAUCACUUGAAUCAACUUAAUCCUGAUAAAAGUUUACUUAAGGAUGGACAGAAAUUAUACUUUUGUGCCAAAAUAAAUCAACUUUUAACCAAUGGAAUGAGAUUGAUCAUUGGAUCUAAAACUUUGAAAAAACCGACCGCCGUGGCAAUUAAAGAAGCUCAAGCAGCUCAAGCCAAAAUUGAGAAAAAGAAAAUGAAACGAUUGGCUCGAAUUAAAGCUAAUGAGAAGAAGAGGCGAAAAUCUGGAACCGAAGAUGAUAAAGAGAAUGGAGAUGAAGAUCAUGAGAAUAAUGAAGAUGAACACGAUUCAGGGGAAGAAGAAAAUUCUAAUGAUGAUGAUGAUGAUGAGGAUGAAACAAAUAUUAAAUUUUUCGUUGAUACAAAAGGAAAUAUAAAGAAAAAUCAACGAUCUCGUAAACUGUCAAAAAACGAAGACGAUGAAACAUCUUCAAUUGAUUCAGAUGGAAAUGUUAACGAUACUGAUAAAUCGUCUAAAGAAAAGAAAAGAAAACGAAAAGUAUCAGAAAAUCAAGAGGCCACGAAAGAUGCAAAAAAGAAACAUUUUCGUAAAAUUCAAUCGCUUUUGAGUACUCGAGUUAAAUCAGCUGUUACCGAUGAAAACGAAGUCUUUUUCUGGGACACAACGGGAGAUCCUAAACUGGCCAAUAAAGGAGAAAAUGACGAAACCGAGGCCACAAUAACUCUACCGUCCAUUUAUCAAGGUGAAAUUGAUGAUAAAGAGAGCGGACCAUUAACCAAGGAAGAAUUUGAAAAGUUAAUUGUUGAAUCUCCAAACGAUAUUGAUCGUUGGUGUCGAUUUAUUAAUUUUUAUCUUGGUCAAGCUGAGAUUACCAAAGCCAAAGAGUUAUGUGAACGAGCACUGGAAACGAUUGAUCAUAAAUUUGAACAUGCAAAAUUAAGGAUUUGGUUUCUUAAAUUAAAGAUUGAAUACAAAUAUGGAUCACCGGAAACUCUAAGUGAAUUAAUUACCAAAGCUUUAUGUGCUAAUGAUGAAUUGAAAGUUUACUCUCAUUUGAUUGCUCUUUAUGAAGAAGAUGGUAAAACUGAAUUAGCUGAGCAAACAUUCAGAGAAGCGACGAAAAAACAUCCAUUGAAUAAAUCACUUUGGGUUGAUUUUGGUAGAUUUUAUCUGAAACAUGACCGAGUCACUUCAUUCAGAGAUCUGGUCCAACGAGCAAUCAAUUACUUGGAAAAGAAGGAGCAAUUAGAUUUGAUUAUCAAAUUUGCUCAACUUGAAUGUCAAUCGGGUGAAAUUGAAAAAGCCAAGACAAUGUUUGAAGCAGCAUUGGUUAACUUUCCUAAACGAACGGAUAUUUGGUCAAUUUAUAUCGAUAUGAUGAUCAAAUAUGGCCUAAAGGAAGGAGAUGAAGGAAUAAUUAAAAGAAACGCAAUUGAAUCAAUAAGAUUACUUUUCGAUAGAGCGACAGCAAUUAAGAUAAAGGAGAAAAAGAUUCGUUUCCUUUUUAACAAAUACAUUGAAUUUGAAAGACAAUAUGGAGAUGAAGAAAAAAUCGCAGCAAUUAACAAGAAAAUGUCCGAAUAUGUGGAAGCGAAUGAUUUAAUCAUAUAAAUUGUUUGAUCUUCAGUUAAUCAUCAUGUAAAUAAAAAAAGUAUUUUCUUUUCCUCUCUAA